AUGCGUUUAUGGGAUCUUACGCCGUCCGCGGCGCUGAUUGCGCUUCUCGCAGCCCCAGAGAUAUCCUCGGCCUUCUACCUUCCAGGUGUUGCGCCAACGUCAUAUAAGCCAGGAGAUUUAGUACCUCUUCACGUCAAUCGCCUCACACCCAUAGGCUCGAACAUAGAUGGAACACUGCGAUCAGUUGUCUCCUUCGAUUAUUACCAUCCAGCCUUCCAUUUUUGCAGACCGAAACCUGAACCAAAACAUGUGGCAGAAAGUCUGGGUAGCAUAAUAUUCGGUGACAGGAUAAUGUCCUCCCCUUUCGAGUUAAAGAUGGGAGUUAAUGAGACAUGUAAGUCUCUAUGCACAGAAAAGUUCGAUCAGAGCUCCUCCCAUUUUGUCAAUAGGAGGAUAGCGCAGGGGUUUGCUUUGAAUUGGCUCAUUGACGGGCUGCCUGCCGGGCAGCUGAUCGAGGACGAGGUUACGAAGACGAAGUUCUACAGCCAGGGGUUUGCGCUGGGGCAGAAUGACGAGCAGGAUAUGCAUCUGAACAACCACUAUGAUAUCCUGAUUGAUUAUCAUGAGGUUACGCCAGGCCAGUUGCGAGUGGUCGGGGUUAUUGUUCAACCUGAUUCGCGAAGGUCACAGAAAGAUGGUGAAGGAGAUGCUCAGGGAAGCUGUGGAAUAGGAGGCCCUCCCUUGACCCUUAAUGAAAAUGGGGAGACGGAGGUACAGUGGACAUACAGUGUUUACUGGAGGCCUUCGGCCACCGCCUGGGCGACCAGAUGGGACAAAUACCUACACGUCUUUGACCCGAAGAUCCACUGGUUUUCGCUCAUAAAUUCUGCCGUCAUUGUUGUCUUCCUGACUAUCACGGUGUUCUCCGUUCUUGUGCGAGCCUUGAAAAAGGAUAUCCAACGGUACAACCGCUUGGAUUCGAUCAACCUGGAUGACUUAUCAGGGACAUCAGCUGCGAUUGAGGAUGGCGUGCAAGAAGAUUCCGGCUGGAAAUUGGUACAUGGAGAUGUCUUCCGCACUCCCAAGCAUCCACUCAUACUGAGUGUGUUCCUCGGUAAUGGGGCACAGCUUUUCGUUAUGGCGGGUUUUACCAUUGUAUUCGCGCUUCUCGGGUUUCUUUCGCCCUCGAAUCGUGGAUCUCUUGGCACGAUCAUGAUUUUGCUAUACACGCUUCUCGGCUUCAUAGGUGGCUAUGUCUCGGCGCGCGUUUACAAGACCCUGGGCGGUGAAAAGUGGAAGCUCAACAUUGGCCUCACGCCUCUCCUUGUCCCAGGAAUAGUCUUCAGCACGUUCUUUUUGCUCAAUCUCUUUCUCUGGGCUAAGCAAUCAUCUGGUGCUGUUCCCUUCACCACGAUGCUUGUGAUCGUGGGUAUCUGGUUCUUGAUCUCCGUUCCCCUAUCCUUUGCCGGAAGCUGGGUCGGUUUCCGCCAACCAGCCAUCUCGGCGCCUGUUCGCACCAACCAAAUCCCUCGUCAAAUUCCUCCAAGCUCAACAUACAUGCGACCUAUCCCCUCAAUGCUCCUUGUUGGUAUCCUACCAUUUGGCGCCAUCUUUGUAGAGCUAUACUUCAUUAUGUCGUCAAUUUGGUUCAGCAAGGUCUACUACAUGUUCGGUUUCCUCUUUAUCUGCUACUGUCUCAUGAUCAUCACCUGCGCAGCAGUCACUAUACUCAUGGUGUACUUCUUGCUCUGCAGCGAGAACUACCACUGGCAUUGGAGAGCGUUCCUGACAGCCGGUGCCUCGGCGGGAUACGUAUUUGCAAACGCGUUGAUUUACUGGAUUACGAAGUUGCACCUAGGAGGGUUCGUGGGCAGCGUACUGUACAUUGGAUACAGCUUGUUGAUUUCUUUCCUAUUCUUUAUACUUACGGGCACCAUCGGAUACUUCGCGAGCUGGGCAUUCGUGCAGAAGAUCUACGGGUCAAUCAAGAUUGACUAG